AUGGUCGCAAUUCCCACCUUCCGGCCUGGCUUCCGUCGGGCGGCCACCGAUGUCUCGUCCGGCCUGGCUGUGAGCGAGGCAGCCAGCCCCGACAACAUCACUGCUGGCGGCGAUGGUCAAGAGGUCGGCUCCGGCAGUGUACACAAAUUGUCGUUGGAUCAGCCAGCCGACGAUGCACAACGAGGGGUGCAAAUGGUUGAGGCGGUCACCUUGACCUGGUCCAAGCAGUCUCUGGUCUGCGUGUUCAUCCUAAUGUUCCUACUGUACUUCGUCAACGCCUUUCAGGCAUCCAUCCUCAGUAACCUGACGCCAUACGUCACGAGCGACUUCGAGCAACAUUCGCUGCUCACCGUCAUUUAUAUCGUGUCCAAUUCCAUGACGGCUGCCACCUAUAUCCCUGUAGCCAAGAUCUUGGACCUCUGGGGCCGAGCUGAAGGGUUCCUGGUCAUGGUGGUGUUUGCGGACGUCGGGUUGAUCUUGAUGGCAUCGUGCAACUCCCUGUCCACCUUUUGUGCCGCGCAGGUCUUCUAUUCCAUCGGCUUUGGGGGCAUGAUUUACAGCAUCGACGUGAUCACGGCCGACGCGUCGAAAUUGAAGAACCGAGGUCUGGCAUAUGCAUUUACGUCUUCGCCAUAUAUGAUCACAGCAUUUGCGGGCCCCAAAGCAUCCGAAGGCUUCUAUGAAGGCAUCAGCUGGCGGUGGGGAUUUGGCUGCUUUUCCAUCAUCCUGCCGGUGGUGGCGGCGCCAUUGUUCAUCAUCUUGAAGCUCAACCUCCGCAAAGCCCAGAGGCAGGGUCUACUUGGGAGGGAACGGAGCGGCCGGUCACUGUGGCAGAAUGCUUUGCAUUGGGUGGUGGAAUUCGACGCCCUGGGCGUCUUUCUCUUCGCUUCCGGACUGACCGUGUUCUUGCUUCCGUUCUCACUCGCCGACUCGGCCCCUGACGGCUGGGGAUCUGGCUACAUCAUCGCCAUGAUCGUGGUUGGUGUCGUGGUCCUUGUUCUGUUCGGACUGCACGAAGCGUACCUGGCCCGGGUGCCUUUUAUUGCGGCCAGCCUCCUGACCAACCGAACGGUGAUUGGCGCGUGUCUGCUGGACUUGACGUACCAGAUAUCCUACUACUGCUGGGCCAGCUACUUCACGUCCUUUCUGCAGGUGGUCAACGACCUGUCGAUCUCGGAGGCGGGAUACGUCAGCAGCACGUUCGACGUGGUGUCGGGGGUGCUCCUGAUCUCGGUCGGGUUCAUGAUCCGCAAGACCGGCCACUUCAAGUGGCUCCUGUACAUGGCGGUGCCGCUGUACGUGCUUGCGCAGGGCCUGAUGAUCCAUUUCCGCCAGCCGCACAAGAACAUCGGGUACAUUGUCAUGUGCCAGAUCUUCAUUGCCAUGGGCGGCAGCGUCUUCAUCAUCUGCGAGCAACUGGGCGUGCUGGCUGCUUCGGACCAUCAACAUGUGGCGGCGGUGCUCGCCUUGCUCAAUGUGGUCGGCAACGUCGGCGGCGCCGUCGGCAACACCGUCUCGGCUGCCAUUUGGACCAACACCUUCCCUCAAGCGUUGGCGCGCUACCUUCCCGACUCGGCCCAGCCGGACCUGGAGAGCAUCUACAAUGAUUUGUCGGUCCAGCUCAGCUACGACUACGACAGCCCGACCCGGGUCGCGAUCCAGAAGGCAUACGGCUACGCGCAGGAGAGGAUGUUGGCCGCGGGCACGGGGAUCAUGGCCUUGUCGUUUAUUUGGAUUCUCUUGAUCAAGAACAUCAAUGUUGCCAAGGUCCAGCAAACCAAAGGGAUGGUUUUUUAA